UGCAAUCAACCACAGCAUCAACAGAAGAAUAUGUAACCUAUCUAUGGAGGCUUGUGGAAUGGAUGCUGCAGAUGAUAUGGAGGUGGAGGGUUGGGAUUCGGGCCUGGAGGAGGAGCUGGGUGUCUCCUUGGACGAGCUUAGGAAGUGGAUAGACGACGAGGUGGAGAGAAGUGAGGCGGUGAGACAGAGGAAAGCCCAGCUGGCUGAGCUGAAGGACUGGGUGGAGCAGCGGGAGAAAGAGAAGGCUACUGUUGAAUCACUCUUGGACAACGCCAACCAGUCCAUCCAGGAGUGUGCGUCCCUGGUGAAGCGGGCCUAUGGCCAGAGGGGGCUGGUCUACAAGGAGAGCAGCUCCGAGGACGAGGGAGGAGUUGGAGGAGAGAGGAAACCCUUGGAGGUCAUCGAGAUCGAUGACGACGAGGACGAUGACGUCAUCGCUGUGGGCUGCUUAGUGCCGCCUAAGACGCCUGUGACUCCUGUGACUCCUGUCAAGGAUGCAGCAUUUCAGGAGGCAUCCGCAGCCAUCAAGAGGUCGUCCCAGCAGGUCCAGACACUGGUGCAGAUGGUCAACAAGACCCCCACCACCGCUGUACCGUCUAAACCCACUAUACAGUCAGCCGUGGUCCAGUCCUCCAGGAUGCACCUGCCGGCGGUGGUGAUGUACCAGGCUCCUGGCGGCCCGGCCACGCAGCCCAACCCCUCCCUGAAGGAGGACGAGCUCCUGGUGGAGAUGAGCAUUCUGGGAAAGAAACGCACUAAAACCUGGCACAGAGGCACUCUCAUCGCCAUCAGCCCUGUCGGGAGCGGUUUGAAGUACAAGGUGAAGUUUGAGAACAAGGGCAAGAGCCUGCUGUCAGGGAACCAUGUGGCGUUCGACUACCACCCCACCCUGGAGAGGCUGUAUGUGGGCGCCCGCGUGGUCGCCAAGUACAAGGAUGGGAACCAGGUGUGGCUGUACGCUGGCAUCGUGGCAGAGAUGCCCAACAACAAGAAUCGCAUGAGGUUCCUGAUCUUCUUCGACGAUGGUUAUGCUUCAUAUGUGACCCUGCCAGAGCUGUACCCUGUCUGCAGACCACUGAAGCGGACCUGGGAGGACAUCGAGGACGCGUCGUGCAGGGACUUCAUCGAGGAGUACAUAACGGCGUACCCCAACAGGCCCAUGGUUCUGCUGAAGGCGGGGCAGGUCAUUAAGACGGAGUGGGAGGGAACCUGGUGGAGGAGCCGUGUGGACGAGGUGGACGGGAGCCUCGUCAAGAUCCUCUUCCUGGAUGACAAGAGGAGUGAGUGGAUCUACAGGGGCUCCACGCGCCUGGAGCCCAUGUUCAACCUGAAGAUGAACACGGCCAACUCCCAGGAGAAGAAGCUGGCAGGCCAGCAGAGGACCAGGCCCAACAUGGGUGCUGUAAGGGCCAAGGGCCCAGUGGUGCAGUACACCAGUGAGGGGACCUCCGGGACGCCCCUGAACCCCCCCUCCACCACCACACGGUCACAGCCCAUCGGCCCUGGGUGGAUUGACCAGCCAGUCAGGUCUAAGCAGCUGGAUGGAGAGCAGGUGGAUGGAGAGCAGGUGGAUGAGGUGGUGCAGGAGCAGGUAGACACCGCAGGUGGACUGCAGCCAGAGGUGUCUGAACCUCACCCAGGAGAUGAGGCCAGUGUGAGGGGGAGUCAGGGUGAGGGUAACAAACAGAUGACCAAGAAGACUUCCCCCCAGUUUGUCCCUUCUCCCGGAGGAGUGGGGAAUAAGAUCACGCCCACUCCUAUGGCCACAGUGCUCCCAAACAGCCCCUCCAGAGUGUUUGUCCUCAAACCAGGUACGACCCAGAUCCUGACCCCUCUCCCCCAGGCCCAUCACCCCAUACAGCCCCUGCAGCCUCCGGCUCCUCCCCCCCCUCCUCCUCCCCCGCCCCCUGUGGCCCCGCCCCCUGUGGCCCCGCCCCCUGUGGCCCCGCCCCCCUUGGCCCCGCCCCCCUUGGCCCCGCCCCCCUUGGCCCCGCCCCCCUUGGCCCCGCCUGCCGUCCCCGUGACGACCCCCCACCUGGUUGUCAGCGACCGCAUCCCCCAAGAGUCUUCCUACCGGGCCCCCAAGGACCGUGUGUUCUACCUCCCCCACGCCUGCCAGCCGGCCUGCCUCAACCGCAUCCGCCCCCCCCGGCCGGACUUCCACAGGGGCAAGAACCCCCUGCUCAUCCCCCUGCUGUACGACUACAGGCGCCUGACUGGCCGACGGAAAAUUAACCGCAAGGUGUCGUUCCAUGUGAUCUACAAAGCCCCAUGUGGCCUGUGUCUGCGCAACAUGGCGGAGAUCCAGCGCUACCUGUUCCAGACCCACUGUGACUUCAUCUUCCUGGAGAUGUUCUGCCUGGACCCCUACGUGCUGGUGGACCGGCGCUUCCAGCCCCAGGAGCCCUUCUACUACAUCCGAGACAUCACCAAGGGCAAGGAAGACAUCCCUCUGUCCUGCGUCAACGAGAUCGACAUCACCCCCCCGCCCAGUGUGGCCUACAGUAAGGAGCGUAUCCCAGAGGACGGUGUCUUCAUCAACACCAGCCCACAGUUCCUGGUGGGCUGUGAUUGCACCGACGGCUGCAGGGACAAGUCCAAGUGUGCCUGUCACCAGCUGACCCUCCAGGCCAGCGCCUGCACCCCGGGUGGGCAGGCGAACCCCCACGCUGGGUACCUGAACAAGAGGCUGGAGGAGUGUCUGCCCACAGGGAUCUACGAGUGUAACAAGCGCUGUAAGUGCUGCGCAGAGAUGUGCACCAACCGGCUGGUGCAGCACGGCCUGCAGGUCUGUCUGCAGCUCUUUAAGACCCAGAACAAGGGCUGGGGCAUCCGCUGUCUGGACGAUGUGGCCAAGGGCUCCUUCGUCUGCAUCUACGCCGGUAAGAUCCUGACUGACGACUUUGCGGACAAGGAGGGCCUGGAGAUGGGGGACGAGUACUUCGCCAACCUGGACCACAUCGAGAGUGUGGAGAACUUCAAGGAGGGCUACGAGAGCGAGGCCCACUGCUCGGACAGCGAUGGCAGCGGGGUGGAUCUCAGCCGGCUGAAGGUGUCUCUCUCCACCAGCCUGGGCCUCAACAAGCCCGGCAGUAAGCCCGACCGCUCCAGGGCAAAGGCCAAAGAUAAUGACGACUCCUCCAAGGACGGCGACAGCAACGGAGAGGAUGACUCUAACGACGAGAGCGACAGUUCAGACGACACGUUCAAGAAGGACCCCUACCACAGCACCAACUCUGUGUGGAGGAGUUACACCACACGCAGGCAGGCCAAGGGCAUCAAGGAAGGGAGCCAGGACAGUAAAGAUGGGGUCAGUGCCUCGGCAGGGGGGCCAGAGGACAGCAAGUCCCCCCACCUGCUGGAGGAGACGGGGAAGAGCAAGGUGGCGUCCUGGCUGACCAGCCAACCCUCCACCUCUCAGACCGCCGUCAAGAUGGAGGGCCUGAAGCUGGAGAAGACGGAGGGCGGGAAGAAACAGGAAGUGAUGACUCUGUCUGACAGCGAUGACGUUCAGACCAUCAGCUCGGGAUCGGACGACAAGGAGAGGGAGAAGACGAUCCAAGGAGUGGUGAAGCGGCAGGUGGCGGUGAAGUCCACGCGGGGCAUCGCCCUCAAGGGCUCCCACAGCAUGAUGGUGAAGCAUGGCCCCAGUGUGGCUGGGGCGGGGCCUGGGGUGCAGGCUGGGGGGCCCCAGAGCCAGGGGGGAGGAGCGGGGGACGGCGGCCCCCAGAACACUCGUCAGUUCUUUGACGGUGAAGAGUCUUGCUACAUCAUCGAUGCCAAGCUGGAGGGCAACCUCGGACGCUACCUCAACCAUAGCUGCAGCCCCAACCUGUUUGUCCAGAAUGUGUUUGUGGACACACACGACCUGCGCUUCCCCUGGGUAGCUUUCUUCGCCAGCAAGCGUAUCCGUGCAGGCACAGAGCUCACCUGGGACUACAACUACGAGGUGGGCAGUGUGGAGGGCAAGGAGCUACUCUGCUGUUGUGGAUCAACAGAGUGCAGAGGGAGGCUGCUGUGAUCAGUGUACCUGAUAAAAAUAAAAAAAAAUGACUAAAUGUACCUCCACACAUCCCCCCUCUCUCUCUCUCUCUUGUACCUCCACCCACACAUAUACCCCCUUCUCUCUCUCUCUGUACCCCUGUGCCCUCCUCCUCUCUGGGUACAGAGCAGGACAUCAUGUCUCUGUGUGCCCUCCUCUCUGUGUGCCCCUGUGCCCUCCUCUCUGUGUGCCCCUGUGCCCUCCUCCUCUCUGGGUACAGAGUGAGGGUGGAGAGCAGACUUCAUGUCUGGAAGACCAGCCACCAUCCAGUCACUAAGCUACUCUUCUAGGAGCUGUGACAUUUCAAAUUGUAUUACGUUUUAGUUUUUUUUACCUUUUUUCUACAUCUCUCUGCUAUACUUACUACAAAGUAAACAAGAGAGGGGGUACAUCAAUGUAGACUCAAAUUCUUGUGUUAUAUUUCCAGUUGUAAUUUUUGUAUUAUAACUGUUUGUGUGCUCACUUUGUUUGUGUUUAUUUGUCUGCCAAACUGAUUUGUUUACGUUAGAAUAAACGUUCAUUUUCCACA